AUGUCUACGUUGAAGCGUGCAAGAGAGAGAAAACGAAUGAGAAUGAGGAAGAAAUGGCGGGUUAAAGAGGUGAAGUUGAAGGGUGAAGAUGAGCAUGGGUGUCUGAAGGAGAAAUGGGUGUUGAGAAUGAAGGUGAGGAUAGUGGGAGAGAAUAAGAAGAUGAGGAAGAAUAAGGAUGGGGUGGUGGCGAUGCUAGGUUUGGAGUUGGUUGGUGACGGCUAG